UUGGCCUUAUUCCUAAGCUUGAAGGCCAUGAGGUUUUUAGGACAGUAGUUGCCAGACAUUGAAAGCAUGAAGGUGAUAUUGUUGCUCGCUGUCUCCGUUGUUGUGUGCUAUGGCCAAACGCCGACGCCCUGUGCAUCCCCGAGGCAAUGGCAAGGCGGUCGCAUGGUGUUUGACAGUAGCAAAUCAUUUUACGAGAGGGCCGACUUCUUUUACGACGAGAUCAUGAGACGCACGCGCACUAUCGAGAAGAUCGAUAACGGAAAGGAGAGGGACUUCUUUGACAUACUCAGGCUUCAUAACGAGAACAAGGAGUACACUGUCAACCUCCGCACCAAGAAAUGCAACGUAACUGGCAUCUCCUUCCCGUGGCGGGCCGUCGGCGUUCCCCCGGACGCCAAGUUCAUAUUCGAGGCGGAAAUAGGCGCUGCAGGCAUUCCUGCUGAGCAUCUCACUGCGGUGAUCUUCGGCGGCAACUUCACCCAGGACCACGUGAGUUACACCACAACGGUGACGUUUCCAGACUGUGUGCCAAUCGGCGACAACUACUAUAAUGACGUUACAGGUUUUAUAGAAACAAGGUACUUUGGCAUCACCCUCGGCAUUUCUGAUCCUGAAGUAUUCUUCCCACCGAGCAUUUGCACGUAAAAAGCGACUUAGACGAGACACACGCAUUACAUUCUUCAAAUGUAGUUGAUAUGUUACAAUAAAAUGACAGAUGCGUGA